GGAAUUGACACUCACUUUCCCUAGAAUUGGUACUCGCCCAAAUUUAAAGCCGUGCAGUAAUGUUAUAUUGAUUUUUUCGUAAAACUACUCAAAAUUUUCGGCGAUUGCGUUCGAUCCGGCGACGAAACGGACGCGUCCGCAUCCGAAAUGCACCUGUGAACGUUCGACGGCCGUUUUGUGUUAGUUUCCUCGGUUUCAGUCGAAUUUUCAGCGCCGGCUCCCCGAGGAUUAGGUAGAGGAGAGAAAAUGAAUUAACGACUCGGGAAUCUUCCGAUUUGUAUACAAAUUCCGAUCUAGCGCAAAAUUUUUGGAGGAAAUUAGAGGAAAAUUCGCUCCAUGUUUCGCUGAAGCGGUACGACAAAUGUAAAGAUAUAUUUUUCCACGUAUAUCUUCUAGAUUUUAGUCUUCGUAUUUGGAAUUUUAGUCGUCUUCCCCCCGUCUAAAAAAUCAGUACAUGUCGAAGGGAAUCAACAUGGCGGCCCUGAAGAAUUCGACGUCGAACCGGCCGUUGGACGGCAUCUGCGAUUUCUACAACGGCAAAACCCUGUUCAUCACCGGCUGCACCGGCUUCAUGGGCAAGGUGUUGCUGGAGAAGUUGCUGCGCUCCUGUCCCGGCGUCGCCAAAAUCUACCUGCUGAUCAGGCCCAAGAAGGGCCAGGAGGCCCAGGAACGAUUGCAGCAGCUCGUUUGCUCGCCGCUGUUCGAUACGAUCCGAAAGGAACGACCGAUGGACCUGCACAAGCUGUUGCCCAUCGAAGGCGACAUCACCCAGCCCGAAUUGAACAUCGGCCCGUCCGAUCGGGCGGUACUCGAACGUACCGUCAACGUCGUCUUUCACAGCGCCGCCACCGUCAAAUUCGACGAGAAACUCAAAUUGUCGGUCACCAUCAACAUGUUGGGCACCCAACGGCUCGUCGAGCUCUGCAAGAGGAUGCACCAGCUCGAGGCGUUGGUGCACGUGUCGACGGCCUAUUGCAAUUGCGACCGGUACGAGGUGAAGGAGACGAUCUACCCGCCGCCGAUCGGCCCCGCCCAGGUGGUGUCGCUGGUGGAGGCGCUCGACGAGGACCUGGUGGAUUCGUUGACCGGCGAACUGAUCGGCAAGAGGCCCAACACGUACACGUUCACCAAGGCGCUGGCCGAGAGCUGGCUCAAAGACAACAAGGGCGAUCUGCCGUUGGUCGUCAUCCGGCCGAGCAUCGUCUUGAGCAGCAUCAACGAGCCGCUCAAAGGUUGGGUGGACAAUUGGAACGGUCCGACCGGUAUUAUAGCGGCAGCUGGUAAAGGUCUGUUCAGAACGAUGUUGUGCGAUCCCAAUAAAAUAGCCGAUUUAGUACCGGUAGAUAUGGUUAUAAAUUUGAUGAUCGUAUCGGCUUGGAGGAUAGCCCACAGUCCAUCGAAGGAAAUAUUGGUGUAUAACUGUUGUACAGGCAUGCGAAAGCCGAUCAAAUGGAAGGAUUUCGUGCACUUGUGCUUCAAAUACAGUCGAAAGCAUCCGGUGAUGGACGUGUCGUUUUAUCCGGCCGGUUCGGUGACGUCGCAUCGGUACGUCAACAACGUGAGGAAGUACCUGUUGCAUUGGUUGCCCGCCUACGUAGUGGAUACGGUGGUGCGGAUUUGGGGCGGCAAACCCAUAUUAUUAAGGAUACAAGACAAAUUAGACAAGGCCGCCGUGUGUUUGGAAUAUUUCGCGACGAACGAAUGGCGAUUCGACGACGAGAACGUCAGACAGUUGGCGUUGACUUUGAGCGAAUCGGAUAGGGAGGAAUUUUGUUUCGACGUCGCCAAAAUAGAUUGGAACAAUUAUUUAGAAAAUUACGUUUUGGGCAUUAGAAGAUUUAUAUUCAAAGAAGACGCCUCGACGUUACCGAAGGCCAGGAGGCAGGUAUCUAGGUUAUAUUGGACGUACAAAAUCACACAAGUGUUGUCUGUAUUGUGCAUUUGGCACUUUUUGGCGCUGCGCUACGCCCCCCUGCGACGCCUCUGGAGCAACGCCCUGCGGCUGUUGUUGCACAUAGCCAGAAUGCUGCCAUUUAUAUAAAAAAAAAAACAAACCUAUAUAAACAAAAAGAAUAAAACAACCGUUGAAGGCGAAACGAUAGAGAGAUGCAAAUAACAUAAGUAAUAAUAAAUUUGCGAAAUUAGUACGACGAUUGUUUUGUGAAGCUAUAGUUGGCGAAUAAUUGUCGAAGGAGGAAGUCUUCUUUCGCGACCAAAUAUUGAUGGAUUUAUUUUUUUUUCGUUUUAAAAAAAACUAUAAAUUGUUAAACGAUACGUACAAAUUGUUGACAUGCGAUUGGAUUACUUUUUAUAGUCGUGCUUCCGAUAAAAUCGCUUACCCUUCCGAGUAUUCUUCUGGUCUAGAAAUCCUCACGCACAAAAUAAUGUUUGGGUGCAGUUGGCCCAACUCCAUUUUUACUCCGAAAGCUCGUUUAUAUACUCUCCAAUAAAUGUUAUGUUCUCCAAACACUAAAUUGGUUUGUUCUAACAAAGUUAGUAAACUAUUUUUCGUCAAAACUCCAUUACUCUCGUAGCGUUUGUUAGGACAAACUUUGUUGGUUAUUUUGAAUGGCCAUUUCUGUGUUCAAAAUGUGUCCGAUAAAUGUAAGAAAUACGGGGUGUUAAUUAAUUGAGCGACGAUACUUCAGGAUGUGAAUAUUUGGAUGAUUUUAAGA